AGGCCAAAAGCACCCAAAAAAGGCCAUAAAGGCGGCCCAAAAUCAAAAUCAAACCCUCUGUGCCCCCAAGGACCCCUGAAAAAUGGCUCCCAACGAUCCCAAACAAAAACAGCCGAACGGCAGCGCGAGUGCCAAACAAAAACCCGUGCCCAGCGGCAAGGGGGCCCCGCGGAAGGGCACUUUCCUGGCUUCCGCCUCAAAAGACAAAGAACGGCAACAGGUCCCCUCACCCGUGGACAAAGGGCUGGCUUCGCCGCUCUCGGCAUUUGCGCUGUUCGCCUUUGCGCAGCGCGCGGCGGUCAAGCGGGGAAAGCCGAGCAUCACGGUGCGCGAAUUGGUCAAGACGGUCGGCGAGCGCUGGCUGCUGCUGAGUGAGGAAGAGCAGCGGGGCUAUCACGACAUGGCGCGGACUGGCGCUGCGAUGGGUCCGAUGGUGGCAUUCGGCGCAGAUCUUUCGCCGCAGGGCACACCCCUCGUGGCCACUCCAGAAAGCAAAGCCGAGACGCCUCGCGGUGCGGAGCGAGGCCAGCAGCAGCGUGACGAGGGAGCGACGGGAAGGGGGGCAGUGGGCGUCAUAUCCGACGUCGAGGCGUGCAAGGAGAUGCUCCUCUAGCGAGAAGAUAGUACACGUGAGACGUGUCUGUCAAUUUUGGAUGAAAUGAUGGUUGAUG